UCUAGCAUCUCUUCCUCACCUAGGAAAAACCGUUUCCAACUUAACAUUUUCCCACCAACCCUCCUCUCUAUUCCUCAAAACAAUCGUUAAUCUCUUCUCCAUUGUGAACUCUGAUAUUCUCCAAGUACACAACACAAACACAAACACACAUCAAUUUAUAGCACCCGAUUUCUCUUUUCCCCCUCAAAUUCAGCUCCAUUUUGUUACAGAUUCAAAUAAUAAGCCAAGCAGCCACACCAUGAUCUCGUCAAUGAAAUGCACAGCCUCAUCUCUCACAUGUUCUGCUUUCUCAAACAGAAAGCUUUCCAUUGCAAGGCCUCAACUCGUGACAUUACCAACCAUCAACAACGUUGAACAAAACAUGGGUCCCUCUCAGUUGUGUUCACAGAAGCCUCUCUACCUUUCAUCCACCGAGAACUUGGCAUUGGUGAGGAGAAGGAGAGUGACGGAGUGCCAGGCCUAUGAAGCUGACAGGUCACGGCCUCUGGAGAUCAACAUUGAGCUGCCGGCUGAAGAGGCGGCGCAGAGGUUCAAGAUUGGUGUGUAUUUUGCUACAUGGUGGGCUUUGAAUGUAGUUUUCAACAUUUACAAUAAGAAGGUUUUGAAUGCUUUUCCUUACCCAUGGCUCACCUCCACUUUGUCCCUUGCUGCUGGCUCCCUCAUGAUGUUAGUCUCAUGGGCCACCAGGGUUGCUGAGGUCCCAAAAGUCAACUUGGACUUCUGGAAGGCCUUGUUUCCUGUUGCGGUGGCACACACAAUUGGGCAUGUUGCUGCAACUGUGAGCAUGUCCAAGGUUGCUGUUUCAUUCACUCACAUCAUCAAGAGUGGAGAGCCAGCUUUCAGUGUCCUUGUGUCAAGGUUCUUGCUCGGAGAAGCAUUCCCAAUGCCGGUUUAUCUGUCACUGCUGCCAAUUAUUGGUGGUUGUGCACUAGCUGCAGUGACUGAGCUCAAUUUCAACAUGAUUGGCUUCAUGGGGGCUAUGAUAUCAAAUUUGGCAUUUGUCUUCCGCAAUAUAUUCUCAAAGAAAGGGAUGAAGGGAAUGUCUGUUAGUGGAAUGAACUACUAUGCUUGUCUUUCCAUAAUGUCACUGUUAAUUCUGACACCUUUUGCCAUUGCUGUUGAGGGCCCCAAGGUUUGGGCUGCAGGCUGGCAAACAGCUGUAUCUCAAAUUGGUCCCAAUUUUGUAUGGUGGGUAGCUGCACAGAGUGUCUUUUACCACUUGUACAAUCAAGUCUCAUACAUGUCUCUUGAUCAGAUUUCUCCCUUAACAUUUAGCAUUGGAAACACAAUGAAGAGGAUUUCGGUCAUUGUUUCUUCCAUCCUUAUCUUUCACACGCCUGUUCAGCCCAUCAAUGCUCUUGGUGCUGCCAUUGCAAUUCUUGGCACCUUCCUCUAUUCACAGGCUAAACAGUAAGGUGGUUAUUUUGAAGCUUUUAUGUAACACAAGGAAACGAUGACUCAUGGUUGGAGCUCAAAGUGUCAAUGAUGAGGACUAUGGCAUUAAUUAGCUAGUAUGUUUUGUUGUUAAUAGGAAUUUAAGUUUAUUUCUUUUGGGCCAUAGCAGCAGCAUUUGUAAUCACGUUUUGAUCUUUGUAAAUUAGCUUUAGAAAAAUGGAAUGCACUAAACUGUACUUAAUCUUGAGGCUGAAAGUAUAUGAAGAAUUUCUUGAAAAAUAAUCAUGUAGAGCAGUACUUAUUAUUAUAUUGGUUUGUUAUUAUUGUGUUGACUAA